CUGUACGCACGAACUCCAUUUUGGAUGAAUAUUGUGGUAGGGCCAAUAAUUUCAUACCUUUCCAUUGUGAUGAACAUUAUUAUAUUUGUGGCUUUAUUUCAUAAAAAGAUAAGGUCACCUACAACAGUACUAAUGCAAGGACUAGCUCUGGCAGACGGACUCACUGCGUUUUGUACCUAUGGAUUUGAACCUUUUUUUAAUUUGCAUUAUGAAGAGAUAGGAAAUGAUACUUACAGUAUUAAUAACAUAAAAGAUACACAGAUACAAGAAUUCAAUAGGCUAGUUGGACUAAAGUUUCCGUACUGUUUAAUGCAUUACUGUCUUACAAACCUAGGAGACACAUUCCACCUUGUGUCUAUACUGUUAACAUCGUCUCUUGGGUUACAGAAAAUCCUGGCUGUGGCACGUCCAAUAUGGAGCAAAACUCAGAUCAAUGAACGAAAAUCUUGCAUUGUUUGCUGUACGUGUUUUUUGUUUACUCUGGCCGUAAACGUGCCAAGAUUAUCCGUAAUUAGCUUCAGUCGUGGGAAGGAAGGAGAUGUAUGUUUAGUCUCCGAACCACAACGUACUAUUCAGAAGUAUAUUCUAUCAUACUAUCCGAUUAUGUACUCCAUUAUAUUGGUUGUUGCAGUAUUAACAAUGCUUAUAUCAACAUGCUAUAUCAUAUAUAUACUGUGCCGACGGAAACGUGUCCGUGGACAUGCCACGACUUCCAGAGCUGAAAAAAAAUCUUCCAUAUUAAUUGUGUGCGUCAUGACAGUCUUUUUUCUCGCAGAAGUCCCAAGGCUUUAUGUUAACUUAACUCUAUUUAGUACCUAUAAAUUCAAUUUGGACAUGCAGAAUAAAUCCAAUUUGGAAAUGCAGAAUAAAUCCAAUUCGGACAUGCAGAAUGUUGCCUUACAGAAACUGACGACCGAGUUUUAUCAAAUGUAUUCAGCAUGUCUUGAAAAUAGCCUGAGUCAUAUCUCAGAGGAGUCAUGCUUCUCUGAUUUUAAUGGACUGUCACCACUUUAUAAAAAAAAUAUGAUAAAUCAUGUGGAAAAAUCAUUGUCUAUAUUUGACAAAGAACAAUCGGAAGAAGCUGCGCGGCUUUCGGUCGAUAUAAUUUAUAAAGAUCAAUUGAAACAAACGUAUUAUGAAUGUCUAAUUGACGACUUUGUUGAUGUUUACACUUUUCGUGUAAAGGAAAAGAUUAAAUUGUACAAGCAGUCCAUUUCUGAUUAUACAUUAAUCGCAUAUUGCAGUAUAGUAUCAAAUAACAUGUCGUUUUUAGAAAAUUUAAUCAAAUGUUAUGAUCGUAAAACCGAGAAAUUUGGAAACUCUGUUGUGGUACUUGUUUCUUCGCCGUACAGUGAAACAAUGAACUACAUACUGAACAUUAUCUGGGGACAUAUUGAUAUUAACUUGGAACAUUUAAAACUUCUCACUGAAAUUUUAAAACUGUCAAUGAUCAUUGGCUGUGCUUCAAACUUUUUUAUCUAUAUAGUCAUGGGUGAAAAACUGAGAGAUGCUUUGAAAAAUAUGUUCAAAUGUAGAGAACAUCAGGAAAUACCUGUAUCUACAACUGAGAUUAUAAAUUAA